AGACACCAGGGCUGAGCAUGAAUACGUUUUACGGUUGGAGUGAUACAGUCUAAUUUUCUUUUUUUUUUUUUUUUUUUUUUACAAGCUCUACAUGAUUUAUCACUCAGAUGACCUCUGCACAUGCAAAUCUGGCAGUGAACCUGUCUGACUUAAAUUGUGACUGAAAGGCGCGCUGCUGUGUAAUUGCUAGCUUCCUCCGUUAGGUGGAGUCAUAGAGCCGAUUUUGAGCCUGAAGCUUGACCCUUGUCCUGGUUUUAUCACCUGUCUUUGUUUCAUUAAGCUCCUCCAAAGCGCAGCCCGAACCGGGUCAGUUGACAAGAAAAACACGGCUUAAUUAUGAUGCCUUUAACAGCCGCUAUUCACAGGUAGGAGAUUACCUGUCGCAGAGAGACUGCUCGGGGAAAUGCCACAGUCAUUUGCCUUUCCUUCCUACAGUGAGCAGGCAGCGCUUUUUACUGAAUGGGAGCAUCAUGUGAAACUUGAGGCGUCUGGCGUAAGGAUUUCUGCGUGGACGCCGCACGUACUCUGGCUGCAGCAGGACGCAGCGAGAGGGACAUUUCAUUUCUGUAGUGUCUGUCUUCAGUGUAGGGUUUUGUGUGUGUGUGUGUGUGUGUGGUUGCGUUUUGCUUUGAAUCAGCACAUAUAGUAAUGUAUACAUGGAGGACAUAAUUCGGGACGUUGUUUGGUUUGUGUUGGUGAGAUAUGGAGACCGGACGCGCUCUGGACGGACCCUGCGCGGUGAAGUUUGCGUGGAAGCGCAAUUUCCUAGCAGCAGACACUGAAUCCAGUCUGGGAUAUCUAAAUGGAAGAAUGUUGCCUGUGGGAUGUAAAAUACCAUCUGCAGUUCAAAUGGAGUGUAAUCUAAUUUACAGGAUCAGGGGCCAAAGAUCGACAACAGACAUCUUGUGCUAUUCAUCCCAGAGGAGAUGUAGCAGGACUCUUCAGUAUGACAUAGACGUAGUCCUCUCCCCCGCCCCCGCCUACUCAUCUUCAGGGAUGGAUCUCGUGAACUUCACGACCGUCAUCGACAAUGGCUUCUUAGACGAGAUGCCGUCGAGCCGCGUGCUGACCGGCUGCUUCCUGUCGCUGCUCAUCCUCACCACGCUGCUGGGGAACACGCUGGUCUGCGCUGCCGUCACCAAGUUUCGUCACCUGCGCUCCAAAGUCACCAACUUCUUCGUGAUCUCGUUGGCCGUGAGCGACCUCUUGGUGGCCAUCUUGGUGAUGCCGUGGAAGGCGGUGACGGAGAUCGCGGGCUUCUGGCCGUUCGGCUCCUUCUGCGACACCUGGGUGGCUUUUGACAUCAUGUGCUCGACCGCGUCCAUUUUGAACCUCUGCGUGAUAAGCCUGGACCGCUACUGGGCCAUCUCCAGCCCCUUUCGCUAUGAGAGGAAGAUGACACCCAAAGUGGCCUAUGUUAUGAUCAGCGUGGCCUGGACGUUAUCUGUCCUCAUUUCUUUUAUCCCUGUGCAGCUGAACUGGCACAAAGCCCAGAGUAAACCUUACAAGCCGCUCACUGAGGCAUUAGUGUCACUGGGAUCAAACACUACAUCCCUCCGCACUUCUGAAAAUUGUGACUCCAGCCUGAACAGGACCUACGCCAUCUCCACCUCACUCAUAAGCUUCUACAUCCCUGUUGCCAUAAUGGUCGCCACGUACACGCAGAUUUACCGCAUUGCUCACAGACAAAUCAGGAGGAUCUCUGCCCUGGAGCGUGCCGCAGAGAGUGCCAAGAACAGACACAACAGCGUGGGCCGAGGUUCCAGCAUCGCAGAGUCCGAGAGCUCUUUCAAAAUGACGUUCAAGAGGGAGACUAAAGUGCUGAAGACGCUGUCGGUGAUAAUGGGGGUGUUUGUGUGCUGCUGGCUGCCAUUUUUCAUCCUAAACUGCAUGGUACCCUUCUGCGAGCAGUCAAGCGGAGGAGAGGCCUUCACUUGCAUAAGUCCCACCACCUUUGACGUAUUUGUGUGGUUCGGCUGGGCUAACUCCUCCCUCAACCCCAUCAUCUAUGCCUUCAAUGCUGAUUUCCGCAAGGCCUUCUCCAUCCUGCUGGGCUGCCACAGACUGUAUCCAGGAGGCCACAACGUAGAGACGGCCAGUCUAAACAAGAAGUGACUCAUGACUCCCCGGGCCCUGACUCAUCCCUUUAUUCUAGGAGUCCAGGAGCUUAAUGUGCAUCCGGACUGGCUGAGAAGAGGACGCYGCUGUCUGUGAUUCUGAGCUAACGCUUAGUGUGACUGAAUGGUACUGUGACACUGUGUGCACAUGUUUGCAUCGGGUGAGUGUGACCCUGCUGUGUUUUCUGUGGCUGUUACACAACCUUCCAAAGUGAGAAUCAUGUCUGGGAGCAGAGUGGAUUUGGGAUUGAGAUUAAGAUGGUGCUGGUUGUGCAAGGGGUCUGAGCGUGUACCGGUUCUGACAUGGCUCCAGGAUGGAUAAUCCACAGGAUCGGGCAGCAUGCACUGUGUCAGACGCUGCUGUUCUCCUUGACAUCACUCUCGACAGUAGUACACGGUGUCAUGGCGUCCUCCGCCAAAUAAAGCGCAAUCGCAGCACAACUGGUGCACUUUACCAAAUCACAUGACAGCUCACACAUCUACUGUUACACACGAUUAAAAUUGUCUGCAAAGAGUGAGGUCAUGCAUCUAACCAAAUCACGUUUGGUGUAGGUGCAGGAACACAAUACACCCAAAAGUGACUUAAUAUUACAGACAGAAUGCAAAACAGAGCGGAUGAGAUGCAUUUAUGUUUUCUGUGACAGCUCUUUAAAGGGAAACUGUGGCCCUAAUUUCUUUUGAAAGUAGCAUUAAGCUGUGAUGAUGUACUAUAGCCUAGUAGGAUCUUCCUUUACCUCGGCCAGUUGUUGGAUUAUUAUAAAUAGAUAUAAUAUUAAUGCAUGACACGUUAAAGCUUGAAGUGAAAGUGCACCAAAAAUUGCCUUGUGGCUGGACAAUUUUCAACUUAAUCAACCAGUCUUUUUCCAAUCGGUGAAACUACAUACCAGCACUUGAAGGUCUCUGUACUGAUAACACUCUUCAAAGUAUAAACUAUUACUGCAGGAAACAGAGUCAAGACUAACUUGUAUUUGUCUAUUUUCUCUAUUAGUAAGAUGUUUUAAACAUCUACUGAAAAUUUAAGGACGACUGCAUUUUCCCAAAUUUGAGAUUUCUAACUGUUUUAUGUGGGCCUUUCUUUUUCUUUUUUUUUUUUUGUUUUUUGUCCAUUAUCAGAAAAGAUGAACAAUGUCCUACAAAAUUGCUGUGUUUUAUAAUUUGGCUGUUUCUGCAUCUGUCUUAUAUGCUGGAAUUAAAAAUGUUGGCCAGCUUGGACAAAUCGCAGAUGGGUCGCCUCUUCACAUGAAAGUUGUUUUGCUGCUACUAGUGCUGAUGAGACACACAUCAGUAUUGGGAUAAUGGAUUGAAACUUUUCAAUAUUACCUCAGAUCAUCUCUAAAUGAUUGAAGCUUUGACAAAAUUGGAUGUUCCAACAGACCAGUAAGCGUAGGAACAAAUCCAAACUGGUUUUGGAAUGGAUGGAACAGAUCUAACAAUCUUCUGGUCUUCCAAAGGCCCAGCGCUAAGGGUAAGAGUAUUCUUGCCAGGAAAUCACCAAAUUAAAAUUAACUCUACCAAAAAGAGUGGCCAAUUUGCUGCUAAAUCCACUACAGAAGCUUCUGCAAGUUUGUGGAUUAAAGAAAAUUUGGGCACCAAGUUCUUAAUAAAGUCAGGUGAUUGUGUAUGAUCUAUUCCAACCUGGAAGAAAGACUUGCUUAAACAGAUUGUUGUCAACAGAAACUAUCAUCACAUCCAUGAUAAAUGAGUGUAUGUAAUCUUGUGGUUGGAACUACAUUUUGUUGUGCAUGAUAUUGGGUUUUAGGCAAAGAAACCGAAUAACUUUGUCUGCACAACAGGAUAUAUACUGGAUUAGUGCUCAUUUAAUGAAUAUCCACACCAACUUCCUGCUACGAUUACACUUUGUGAACUUUUGUUUCACUGUGCAGGCAAGUCAGAUUAGCUUUUUUUUUUUUUGUCUUAUGAGAUGAAAUGAAAAAGCCACAGAUUACAUCAAUGAGCUGUUGAAGUUGAGGAAAGUACAGAAACAGCAGAAAGAAAGCCUUCAAAAUUGUCAAAAUUCUGUACCAGGGGAAAACCGCAAUUUGUUGCUUUCCAUUCUAAGAAAGAAAAUAUACUUUUGUCUCACAAUAAGUGCAGAUAAAAGGUCAUUACUUCUUCUUGAACUUAUUUUUACAACAAACAAUAACAAAAGAUGAACAGUUUGAAUAGAUUAGAAAAAAAAACUUGUGCUUUUUUGGUUUAACUAUUCCUCCCCGUUGGAGAUUGUUCAUUCACAAAUUGUAAAAAAUUUGCAUGUGACUAUUUGUAAAAGGGAAUAAAAAGCAUGUAAUUAGGGGAAAUAAUUUUAGAGUGGAUGAAUUUUGUCGACAAUCUGCAGUUUCUGUCUGACAUCCAUCCAAAGUCAUGACUUUUAGUUCAAAAUAUGAUUCUAAAUCCAGCCCAUUUUUAAAACAAGCGUUACCAAAUGGAUUCAGAGUUGCACACUGAAACCAGUUUUUAUGUAUUAUGCAUUGUUGGUUGUUUUCUAGUUUUACUUCUCAGUUUAGACUUGGAAGGAGUUCAUUCUAGUCCUGUAACAAAGAUAAAGACGUUUCACAUUUCUCCCAAGUGUCUCUUUGCAUUAGAGCCCAAGCAGAUAUUUAGUGAACUUGUUGAUGCGAAGGUUAUUUUUCAUCGGAUCCACUGUGUUGUGUGUUUUUGGCUUGUUCAGCUUUGAACCCUUUACAUGAAAAGCCCUGGGGCUAACUUCACACCAGUGCGCGAAGAGUAAAACCUAUGGGAGCAGCUGUGUUUCAUAUCUACCAUCUCAUAUAAUUCUGGUGUUCCUGUGUCUGUCGAAUCUGGCGAUGUAUCGCCGUCAUUAGCAAAGUGAAGUGCCCCAUCUGGUCCUGUGAACAGCUGGCAAUAAUAAAGCGGUGCAACUACUGUGGCACCUCUGGA